CAAAGGCCUUUGUGGACAAAAGUCAUUUUAACAACCAGUUCAUCCUCUGCUGAGAUAUAUAAAGAACAGGUGCGGCUCAGGUGUGUUCUUUAUUUCUUCACCUCUGGAUCCAUUUCCAGGAAACGUAGACUGUAGCUCAUAAAGCUGAGAACUUAAACUCUGGGUCUUUCAGAACAGCGACACGGAAGGGCGCAAAGUGAAGAAAAGGAGAAAACUCUUUACAGCAGUUAAUCUGACGCACAGAAGCAGCUAUGGCUGAAAAUAUGGACGCAAAAAUAGUGAUAAUAGGCUGUGGGAUAGCGGGGAUAGCAGCGGCUCAGAGGCUCAUUGAAUCUGGGUUCACUAAUGUCCGGAUUCUAGAAGCGACUGGAAGAAGCGGAGGACGAAUUAAAUCAAGCAGACUUGGUAAUGCUGUUAUAGAAAUUGGUGCAGCUUUUAUCCACGGUCCUUCUGAAAAGAACCCAGUGUUUUGUCUGGCCCGUGACUAUGAUCUCCUGGACCCUAAAGCCCUCACUCCAGAGAAUCAAGCUGUGGAUGUUGAUGAAGGUCCUCCUCAGGUUCCCAACUGGUUCACCAGUUCAGGUCAGAAGGUGAGUCCUGGAACCGUGGAGCCUGCGCUGGAGCUGUUUUAUAAGCUUUUGGAUAGUACUCCACAAUCCAAGAGUCACAAACAUGGAUCCUUGCCAAGUGUUGGAGAUUUCAUAAAAUCUGAGGCACUGAGGCGAACAUCAAAGAAGUGGAAAAAUAAAGAUAAGAGUACCCGGCAGCUGCUGCUGGGCGCCAUCAAUACCCUGCUGAAGGAGGAAUGCUAUUCAAGUGCCACUCACUCAAUGGAUGAGUUAGAUCUAGUUGGAUUUUCUAUGUACCAGAGUAUAAAAGGAGUGGACUGCACAUUCCCAAGUGGGACUGAGAGCCUAAUCAGCAGCUUGAUGUCAGAGCUCCCCGCUGACUUGGUAUCCUACAGUCGGCCUGUGCGCUGCAUUCACUGGAGCAACAGUGAGAGUGGAGUGAAUGCUGUGACCGUGGAGUGCGAGGAUGGGCAGAGGAUCUCUGCUGAUCAUGUCAUUGUCACUGUGUCUCUAGGAUACCUGAAGAAGCACCACUCCACACUGUUCUCACCUGCUCUUCCCGAUCAAAAGCUGCAGUCCAUUCAGAAAAUAGGAUUUGGAACAUGUGACAAAAUCCUUGUUGAGUUUGAAUCCCCCUGGUGGGAUGCUGACUGUGAGAUCAUCUAUUUAGUUUGGGAUGAUGAGGAAGAUAUUUCUGACCAUGUGUCAGAUAUAAGCAAAAACUGGAUCAGGAAGAUCUCAUCGUUCACUGUGGUGACACCCUCUGAAAGGGGCAACCAUGUUCUCUGCGGUUGGAUAUCUGGACAUGAGGCGGAGCACAUGGAAACACUUCCUGAGGAGGAAGUCAGGCGCUGUAUCACAGAGCUCAUACAUACAUUCACAGGAGACCAUACCAUCACACCAAAGACAAUCGUGUGUACCCGGUGGUUUCAUGAUCCCUGGACGUUAGGAUCCUACUGCCACCCAGCAAUCGGUUGUUCAGCACAAGAUUUUAAAAACAUGAUGGAGCCAUUGCCUAAGAGAGGAAAGAAACAGCCCCUGCAGGUGUUGUUUGCCGGAGAAGCGACUCAUCCCUUCUACUACUCCAGCCUCCAUGGAGCACUCCUCUCUGGACAGAGGGAAGCUGACAGACUCAUCGCUCACUACUCUUAGACCAGUCCUCUUCAUUUAGACCAGAAAAGUUAAAGAUUGAAAACCCCUUAGUAUAAAAGGAUAUUUCAUGUCCUUUUAAUCAAGUGACAGAGAUGGAAACAUAUUGUCAUAAAAGUAUGCUGUCAUAAGUCGUCAGUAAAUACCUACAGUAUUUACUGUAGGCACAUAAAGAGGAUCAGCCGGGGCAAAGUUCAGCAACAGGCAGUUAAUUAACCUGGAAAUAUGCAGCAAGUAGCAAACACUCUGUAAUUAAUCUGACAGGGACUGGAUGCAACUGGGUCAAUGGUUCAACUUAAAUUCUUUAAUGUUAUUUGGAAACAAGUUUGUGGAUGGGAAUGAGUAGCAAGGUAAUGGGAAGCAGGAUCCCUGAAGAAAUGUCUGUCAGUCUUAGUUGAUUUCUGUUAUUUUUUUAAUCAAUUUUUCAUCUCCUACACUAAAGAGCUGUAAAAGUGGCAUUGUCUAGAAAGAGGUAAUAAUUAUAAAAAUGAAUUCCAGUAGUUGUCUUUGUGUGUCUCUGUAUGUGGGAAGGUUUUAAAACAACAGAUGAUGGCAUUUAUUUUUUAGUUUCUGCAUCCAUUUUCUCUGAAAAUUAAUGCAUUUCCAGAGAACAAAAUGGAAAGAGUACAGGGAAAUGGGACAAUGUUUCAGAGGUGAGUGAUGAAAAACGUAGCUGUAAAGAAGUUUUCUAUGUCCAAGUUCGUCAACAUCAAGACUGGACUUCAAAGAAAGACCUGACACCAUUCAAGGUUUCUUCAAGGGGCAACAAUAGAUAUGGACUUGUAUGGUUGUGGCUAUAAUGAGUACUCAAAUUUGGUCUUAAUGUCUAUAUCUAAUGUUCUGUAAAAAUGGAGAUUGGUCAGAAUUAGGUUCGUUAUUAGUCUGAUGCUUUAGAAUCAUUAAGCUAAAUAAAUGUGCAGGUUGAUAAGCCCAAUAAGGCUAUUGAACAGUUUAGGUAAUGCCGUGAAAAUACAAUUUUUGUCAGAUCUUUAAAGACUAAGCGCUAUAUGGAUGUUAUUGUAAAAGCAUACAUACCUGUGAUUUAAAAAAAAUAAAGUCACAACAAACAAUA